AUGGCUCCUCUGCGUGUGCUCGUCACUGGUGCAGCUGGCCAAAUAGGCUACGCCCUCGUUCUGCAGAUCGCUAAAGGAGAUGUAUUUGGAAGGGAUGCGCCGGUCGUCCUCGUCCUACUUGACCUUCCUUCGAUGGCGACUGCUCUAGAAGGAGUACAAUACGAACUUCAGGACUGUGCCCUGCCGAAUCUUGAAGGGGUGGAAUGUGUGACUAACGGAAAAAGAGGCCUUUGCGGACAUCGAUUACGCUUUCCUUGUUGGAGCUAUGCCUCGUAA